CACACAACUCACACAGCUCCACAUCACACUCAUAACUCACAGCGAUGCGUUCGUUUUGGAGAAACCUCAAUGUAACUCGCGCUGUUGCUCACAAUGGGACUGCAGCGGACUUCUACUCCCUACGGCCACGUCAGACUUUGGCUCUGUGCAUAAAUCCCAACAGGGAGUGCUCGGGGAAACGUUACAAUGUGCCACCGAGCGCCGAGUUUGUUGCACGGGUGUCGGGGAUCCCCACCAUGGCCAAGUUACCGCACCAGGAGACAGCGGACGGGCUCGAUGCGGCGUUUAUCGGGGUCCCAAUAGAUACCGGGACGUCCAACCGACCCGGAGCAAGGUUUGGUCCGAGGCAGAUCAGAGUGGAAUCUGCAUUGUUGAGAUCUUACAACAGUGGCACCAGGGCAGCACCUUACGAGUCGCUCAUGGUGGCUGAUAUUGGGGACGUCAAUGUGAAUGUGUAUGACCUUAAGGACACCUGCAAACGCAUCAGGGACCACUACAGAAAGAUCCUGGCUACUGGCUGUAUUCCUCUGACUAUGGGUGGCGAUCACACAAUCGCAUAUCCAAUCCUACAAGCUGUUGCUGAGCGGCAUGGCCCAGUGGGUCUGGUCCAUGUGGAUGCUCAUGCUGACACCAGUGAUGUGGUCUUGGGGGAGAAGAUUGGACACGGGACUCCGUUCAGACGUUGCGUGGAGGAAGGGCUACUGGACUGCAAGAGAGUGGUCCAGAUCGGCCUGCGUGGUUCAGGCUACUCUGCAGAUUCAUAUGAAUGGAGCCGGGCACAGGGUUUCCGUGUGGUCCAAGUGGAAGAGUGUUGGUUCAAAUCUCUUGCACCUCUGAUGGCUGAGGUCAGGGCUCAGAUGGGCAGCGGUCCAGUUUACCUCAGUUUCGACAUCGAUGCUCUUGACCCGGGCUUUGCCCCGGGAACAGGCACACCAGAGAUAGCAGGGCUUACUCCCAUACAGGGAGUUGAGAUUAUUCGGGGCUGCCGUGGUUUAAACCUUGUUGGAUGUGAUCUUGUGGAGGUGUCUCCCCCCUACGACACCACAGGGAACACUGCACUGACUGGUGCCAACCUCCUUUUUGAAAUGCUGUGCGUCCUCCCAAAAGUGAAAUACUUCUGAUCAGUAAAGACAUCACAGAACGGAACAGGUAGCUUGUUAAUAAUGAAUAUACAGGUACCAACGCCAAAUGAGCAGGUUGUCCUGCUGAAUUUAUCAUUGUAAUCAUAUUUUUUUUUAUUGCAACUGUUGACGACCAAUUAAAAGUCUUUACUGUAGCAGACAUCAUGUACACCAACUUGUAAAAAGCAUUAUAUUCUCUUAAUCUUUCACGUACAUACUCUUUAAAAAAAAAUACUCUCAGGUCCUAUAAAUGACAUGAUUAUGUCAUGUACAACUCACAGUACCAACACAAUUAUAUGAAUUCUAUUUUUAUAGAUCAUGUUGAUAAAAGAAAUUACUGAAUUAAGCGCACACUAAGUUUGACUUUACUUUCAAGUGCCACGUCACAUCAUUUUAUAUCAUACUAUGCCAUUCUGAAAACAUUCACAACUUGAAAUGCUUGUAAUGUUUGCUACAUAUAAAAAGCAUAUAUCUAUCUAUAGUGCAACCAUUCACAAAUAACACAGCAGAUCUGACAGUUGUUUUGAUAUGUAUAACUGUACCGGUGGAUUGCUCGCUCCAGGUGGGGACGGAGUGCCUACCUCAAGCGAAGGAGUUCAAGUAUCUCGGGGUCUUGUUCACGAGUGAG